UGCCGUUUGUCCUCUGAGUCCGUGCAGGCUCUUAGGUCUGAAGUCAGCUGUGGAAGUACGUCUGGCCGGCCAGCCCCAGCACCCUCUGAACUGGCUCACUAGGUCCUUACUCCGGAAUUGCUGGGCAAGGGCUGCUCCAGCAGAGGAGGGGAUUAAGAUGUCUCAGGAAACCUAUUCUUACGAUGUCCCUGAUAUAUGCAUCAACUUCGAGGAUAUGAAUGAAGAUGAGACGCUUGGCGUCGAUGCCUGGUUCGAUGUCCGAUCUGCCCUCCUGACGACCCCGAGAGAAGGGAUGGGUACGCCGGGCAUCCUGCCAAAAGCGUUGUCAUCGAGGGCUAACCUCCCCCGUGCUGUUGUCUCGCCAAUGAUGAAAUCUGGUGAGAAAGACAGCGAAAAUAAAGAGAUGGAGCUGGCCAAUGAGAUACCAUCAAAUGUGGUUGGUUCUAUGGCAGAGUGGCACCACGCAUCGCAGGAGGCUGCAGCACCUCCAACAAGGGCCCCAGGAAGGGUGGCCAGAAAGCUCUCAGCUCGGCGAAAGAGUGCCCAGCGCCGGCUGAUGGCCAAAAGCCAAGCGGAGAAGUGCACUACCGCCUUCGCCAGCAAGCAAGAGCCGCCUCCUCCGAAGAAGCAGAAAAUGUCUAAUAAUCAGGAGAAACUGGGUGAAAUUGAUUUGAACAGAAAUGCCUCGCCACUGAGAGCACAAGUCCCUGUCACCCCUGCCGCACUCAAGACGAGGGGUCCCUCCGCCAAAGGGAAAUCCACGGAAGAGCUGGAGCUGGAGAAGAUGCAGCAGCUGCAACAAGAGGUGGCUGAGCUGCGCAGGAAGAAUGAGGAGUCUCUCAAAGCGGCCAUUGCUGGACCGG